AUGAGCGGUGACGCAGGACUGGUGGGCUAUCUUGUCGAUAGAAUUGCUGCAAAACUGCCUCAUCGUCUAGGAGCCAGUGGUACGCGACUAGAUGACGACGAAGUCGUGCAAACAACACAAGCAACUCUCAUCAAACUCAGCAAGACAACAGCUGGAGUUGUGAUCAACUCACUUCUUGAUCUUCUGGAGGACCUUUCACAACCUUUCGCAAAAAUUGCAACCCAUCCUAGCCAUGUUCUACAGUCCGAGCUCUAUGUUUUGAGUCUUGUAUCAACAUGCUGCUCCGCGAACUGGUCAGCCAGGAAGAAGGACGGAUUCGCUCCUGAGAGGCUGAGCGAGGAGCUUGUAACUCGCCUCUUCGAAGUAUUCAAAUCUGUUCUCGAGCCUAUACCGGAUGAUUACGUACUUCCCGCACAAACGCUCUUGGACCAAACAUCCGUGGCGAAUGUCACAAUUCCACGACCAGGCAGAGGGUCAACAGGCGGUACAGCAAUUCGACUCACGGAUGGCCUCGAGUCUCUGGACUAUCAACUGAUCGAAAUCGACCGACACGUCAAAGUAAUCGUGGAGUUCAUGACUGUCUCGAGCUGGACAUUUACCUUUAACUACAUCCGCACCGUCAUCCACACUGUACGAUCUACCGCUGGGGAUUCUCAUGCAGAUGUGCUCAAAAGUGUCCAGCAGCAUGAACGUGGUGCUCUGAUCGUUUUGAGACUGUUGUCCUUUUGUUGGGUUGACGGGUCGAAGCUCGGACUUCUUAUCCAAGAGCUUUGCUCUAGCUACCUUCAUUUUAGAGGGGCAUAUCAGAACACAGUGGCUGUGGCGAUGCCUCUUCUGAUAACGCGAUGGAUAGACAGAUACCCUGACGAGUUUGUCAUGCUCCAUCGGCUUCACAAGAGGCUGGAUGGUGGUGCUGAUACCUUGUUCGACAUGACGCAAACCGCUACAGAAACAGGCAGACGCAGAGUAUAUCUAUAUCCUCUACAAACGACUUUGCUCUUUUUGAUGCCUGAUAUUUUUGAAGUGGCUAGCAACUUGCGGGAAGCCAAAGGCCACAGCGUGAUCAAGAAGGUCUCUUUCCUCGAUAGUCUGCGAAAAGCUCUCAGGAAUGGAAACGAACAGGCAGGAUACUGUCUUGUUUCUCUUCUUAGAGUUGCCCGCCACUUUGACGUCGAGAGCGACUCGGCACUUGUCAGCUACGCGAUGGACGUACAAGACGAAGUUCGCGAUGCUAUCUUUCGUCCCUCCAUUGCCUCCGCCGCCGCGCUGCCAGUCUGGGAUCAGAGCAUGAUGACUGCAGCACUUGUGAGUCUAUCAUAUCUAAAUCUUGACGGCUGCAUCGACAAUCUUUAUGGCGAUUGUAUAGCAUCAUCUGCACCGGACGGCUCCAAACUCGCCAUGAUUCAGGCCUGUUGCUACUUCGCCCAGCUACCUGAGCCGGGGAAGUAUGCACAGCUCUUUGAGAAAUCUAUACCCCUGAUGAAGAUACAGCUAGAGGCCGAGAAGUACCGUGACGAGGAUAGAGCUAAGGCGAACAUGAUCUGCAGCGUCUUGAAAUUUCUGAGCAUAGACCAGUCACCUAUCAUUGGAGAGCUCUCAGAUCCUACUUCAGAUUCUGUAUUUUUUGAAGGCCUCCUGCUUUGUGCCAUCUCUGCUGAGCCUGCCAUUCGCCAACAGGCUGCCGAAGUUAUCGAGAGGCUGCAUGCCGAUCUUCCGAUUCUGCUGAGUGAAUUUGAUAGCAGAGAAGAGCCGGACAUGCUUAAACUUCGGAGCGUUGUUUGGUACCGCAGCUCCAAUACCCUUCUCAAGCUUAGCGAGCGUCUAGUAGAUGAGAAGGACCAGUCCGCUCUUGCAGAAAUCCAUAGUUAUUUGAAGGAUCGACUGGCUCUUCUCCGAAGGCUUCCUGGACUUUCAAAAAUACAUGGCAGCCCGUCAGAUUUAGUCGCCAGCACAACGAAACUAGAAACCGCUCUUCUGGUAUCUUUGUGCUUACCAGGUAUCGAAGACUGCGAGAUCGCCGCGUCUUGUCUCAACAUAUUCGUGGAAGAGUGUCGAUGGGUGGACAGCCACUCCGAGUCCGCCAGUUCCUGCUGUGCGAUUCUUCGAAACGCUGACACAUUUCAAGAGAUUGCAUCACCAGCUUUUCGAUUGACUGGCCUUGUUGCCUUUCAAAAAAGAACAAGAAGUCUACUUCGGCGUAUUAAGUAUCCGACCUCUGGCAUUGUCCAUGCAUGGGAGGCAGCAUUCGAUGCCUGGAUCUCCCUGGGUAGACAAGUGUCAGUGACAUCAGCCGAUGCAACGGCAGCCACGACUCUCUCGCAAUGGAGAGAUCUGGGCGGCUUUCUCGCCUCAAUCGGAGGCAUUUGCACAGCCCAGCAGGCUCUGACUCUAGAAGAGCCCGCUUUGAAAGCGUUACGGUGGAUAGACAGUCAUCCUACCGGCGACGGCGAGGAGACUCUCUUGGCGCGGUACCUUCGUUUAGGCAUUCAGCUAAUGGGCUGCGCAAACGUAAAAGUGAGAGAGACAAUGCGAGAGAUAUUCGCACAUGAGGUGCCCUCAUGCCUGUACCAGCCGCUCUUCAAGUCUCUGGAGUCUGAAGUAGAGGCCUUUUUCACCGGCGCCUUUGCUCCCGACGCAGAACGAGCGCAGGACAGCGAAAUCGUCUUUGCCGAGCAGGCUGUGUCCCUUUUGAAAGACGUGGUAGAGCGGCUCGAUAGUCCCCAGGACCAUGCGGCCGCUUCGUCUGUACAUUUAGGUUCGCUCACUCUCAGCUUUGCCAAGUUCAUUGCCGAUUGCACCGACACAGCCACAUCGCUGCGCGUCAAAAUUCGGAUCUGCCAGUUGUCAGAAGCAAUUAUGCGCAGGAGAGAGCACCUGAACCUCAGAGAUGAUGUCCUCAUACGCAACCAGCUUCUUGAAUACAUCAUUGGAUGGAUCCGGAACCCUGAGCCUGCUUUGGAACCGAACCGAGGAACAUCUAGGUUGGAAGAGUUGGGUCGUAUGCAGAAGGACCUCACCAGAGCAUGCCUCAAGGCUCUUUGCGACCUCACUUUCAGGUUACCACUACAGACGCAGGAGAUACAAUCAGAUGCCAGCAUGAGCGCGAAGAAGUCGGAGCUGUUUCAGCGCUACUUCAAACGUUUUCUCGACCUUAUUAGCACAGUGCGACCAGACGUCGCUUCUGAAUCAGCAGACGCAUUCUCUAGCUCCGAGAUGGCAAUCACAAUUCUGUCGAAUCUCCUCAGUGCAAACAUUGAUGUCGGCUUGAAGCAUUCACUCUCCCAUGGCUAUCACAACAGCGUCGAAGUCCGAACUGUAUUCAUCAAAGUAUUGUAUAAUAUUCUCACACAGGGGACAGAAUUCAGUAACUUGUCAGAUUCCGCUGUGAGCGAGAGAUAUGAGGAAUUGCUUGGGGUAUGCGGACCGUGCUCGUGUGCUACAACGUCGCUAACCAGCGUGAAAAUGCAGCUUCUUACGAAAGAUCUAUCGCUGGCCGUGUCCAUGAGUGCCAUAUGCCCUAGCGCAGAGAUUGACGAGCUGACCAUUUGCCUCUUGAUCGUUUUCGAACAGAGAGGUCGCACGUUUGAACUCCUGGAAGCUCUCAUCAAAGAAGAAAUAGACCAAACAGAGCACGCCACCGAAAUCUUGAGGAGGAGUUGUGUGGCCACCAAGAUGUUGUCAUUGUAUGCCAAGUGGAAAGGCUUCGAUUAUCUGCAAGAGACGUUGCGCAAGAUUCUGGACAGGCUUAUGAUGACCUCGCAAGAGCUGGAUCUGGAGCUGGAUCCGGCAAGGGUUUCCUCUGCGGAGGAGCUCAAGAAGAACGCCACACAGCUCCAAAUCGUAGCCAAAGUUUUCAUGGACGAUAUCUGUGGCUCGGCCCCGAGCAUACCCGCCCCUUUUCGAAAGAUUUGCAGCAUUAUCCAUGACGCUGUUCUCCCGAGGUUUCCUGAUGCAAAAUACACAGCCGUAGUGGCACCAGAAGCGGAGGGUCUGGUCGACGCGCCGCCACCCAAGGAGCUGCGUCGAGGGCUAUUGCUUAUCGCCAAGGUAAUCCAGAACCUGGCCAACAAUGUUCUGUUUGGCACCAAAGAGCCGUAUAUGUACCCUCUGAAUCGGUUCCUGGUGAAGAAUAUUUCUGUCGUGACCGGCUUUCUUCGCACUAUAUCUGUACCCCCAGUCACACUCGAUAUCGUUGUCACCAAAGAGACGACAGACUUCGGCUCCUGCGUAUCCUUCCACCGUUUUCUGUAUGACCACUGGGACCACCUGCGCCAGACAUUGGUUGCCAAGGAGCGCCGAGAGUAUCUCCGCCUCCAAGACAGCUCGCCGCGCAGCCACUCCCCUGUCUUGGAGCCUUUACGCAACCUCAUUACGAACCUGGGGCCUCCUCCUCUGGCGAUAUCUUGGAACAGACCGCAGAUUGCUCUGAACGGACCGCCGCUGUAUUCGCGUUUCCAGAACUUCAUGCUACGUAACGCCUUCCGCAGCACCGAAUCAUUUCUGACGUCGCGUACCAUCUUCGACGGCGGCAUCACACUGGAUGGCCUGUCGACAAUACUCAUCAUAUUGCGCUAUAGCGAAACGGAGGGUAUUGACCACGAGACACUGCUGCACUGCUUCCUGAAGAUUGCAAGCCGGCUAUGGCAUGAGCCUUUCAGCAUCCUUAUUGAUGCCACUUGCUACAGCGGCAAAAAUGACCCUAAGGAUGAUUUUUUCAAGAUGCUCGAUCUCCUCAUGCCCUACGAGGUGAGGCAGAAUCUUGCUCGUAUCUACAUAUACAACAUGAACAGCGCCUUCAAGCGAUGCUUCCGACGACUGCUGAGGAUUGUGACCAAAAAUGAAUCCAGCGCCUUUCACCCGAAUAACGUCAAGUAUCUGCUGCCCGGAGGCAUGAAAGAAAUGCAGAACCACUUUCUCAUCAGCUCGCUUCAGGUUCCAAAGGAGCACUCCGCAAUCGUUUCCGACGUACGGUACUUUUUCAAACAUGCCACACGCUUAUCUAAAUCGAAGGGCAAAGUGGAUGUCACGAUCAAAGUGGGAAGCCACCACGUGCAGGUGAUGACCAACAAGCACCAGGAAAUCUUCUCCAGCCUGCGGCUGAGCACGACAAUCAACGACAUUUUUCGCCUCAGUGACAUUGACGAAGUGGCGACGGCAAUCCCGAGUGACGAUGGGUUCUCGUUUGGGCUGCGUGCCGACGGCGGACGCAUCGUCAUGUGCUUCACGAGCCCUCAUAAGGCGAGCAUCCUCCAAACCAUCAGAAGCGCCAAGGCCAAAUAUAGCAACGAGAACCGAAUGCACAAGCCUGUGGAGCGGCUCCUUCGGCCGCAGGAUGUUCCCGGUACACUGCUGAACCUGGCGUUUAUGAACCUGUCCAGCCUCGACCAUCAGCUUCGUCUGGCUUCCUACAACCUGCUCGGCGCCCUGUGCAUCACGUUCAAAUUUCGGACAGCCACGCGGCUCGUCUGCUCACGAGACCUCGCAAUUCCCAUCGACCCUACGCGCUUCAUUGUCAACAUUAGCCGAGAGCUCGCCGCUUCAGAGCCCCAGCUCACGUGUGACUUCUUGUCAGAAUUCAUCGCGAGCUGGGAGACAUUUACGGAGGAGCAAAAACCAUUGAGCCUGGCGUAUAUGGCUCCCUGGCUCUCCGGUCUACGGAGAGAUGUGUUGACGGGCGAGAUGGACGGUGAGAAAGGCAAAGAAAAGGUCGCCGCCAUCUUUCGCAAGUUCAUCGAUCUGAUCGCGCUGGACCAAUCUUUGAGCUAUGCGCUGGACCAGUUUGUUUGGCCUUCCCUCAGCCAGGAUGAAGUACUGCUCGACAUCUUUCUCGAGGAAGUCAUGAAGAUGGCCAUCGGGUUUAGCUUGCAGCAGGACCUUGUCAAAAUAGUGGCGUCUACAGCCGCCAACAUUGGCACGGUGACACUGCGUGCGCGGUUUCUUUCAAGACUACGAAAGGCGCUGAACCGCUCCUCACUUCGGCCGACGAAGAAUUUGCCCGACAAUGCGGUCUGGCCAGAGAUUUGCAUCAUGCUGCAAAUAUGUACAUCACUGUCCUUCAGUAGCGGCGUGCAGUCGCAACUCUUCCUACCCGAGAUCUUUCACAUCGUCACCAUGUUGGUGAACACUGGCAGCGCCAACAUCAGAGUCCAGGUGCACAGGCUACUGACCAACACGGUCCACGCUGUUUGCACAUCAUUUAUCCUGGACGAGUCCAAGUUCACCAAGCUUCGCGCGUCCUUGGACGUGCUCUCCGAACCCCGGAGCGGCAUUUUCUCCACGCCGCCGUCUACCAGGAAGGACGUGGCCUCAGUGUCGGUCGCUGGAGACGAGGGGUCUACGCUCCCGGCCAUGGAGAAUCUUGUGGCCAUCCUAUUCGACAUAUGCACCGUGGCAGCGCCGUCAAUCGACACGGCCAACGCCUGGAGGUCGCGCUGGAUGAGCCUGGUCGCGAGCACUGCGUUUCAGAACAACCCGGCUGUGCAGCCUCGCGCUUUUGCCGUCAUGGGAUACCUCGCCAAGGAAGAGGUGGAUGACGAUUUGCUCUACCAGGUCCUGGUCGCGCUGCGCAACAGCGUGAGCCAGUUUGGCGAAGAUGGGCAUAGCGAGAUGCUCACGUCCAUCAUCACUUGCCUGUCUCGGAUGAUGGCCAACCUUCCAUCCGCUUCCCGAUACGGACUGCAGCUGUUCUGGCUGGCCAUGUCCCUUAUCCGCCUCGUGCCAGGCAGCCUGUUCAACUGCACAGCGCAGUUCCUGGAGGCGCUACUGAUCAACAUCGGCAACAUUGGCGGCGUGCGCGGUGACAGGAUGAUUCCGAUGCUACUUCACAGCCGUGGCCAACUCGAGGAGGCCGUGGAGCCGCUGGAUGAGGCUUAUGGCAUUCAUUUCGACGAGGAUAACUUUCACUUUGCCGUGUGUGCAUGUCUGGUCCGUGGUCUGACCGAUAACACAACCCGGCUCGCCGCCGUACGAGUGCUUUGGUCGUUCCUGGAGAUGACGGCGCCGGCCUCGCAGCUUUCAGCCAAGAUCGUUCACACCAUGGUCGACUCACCCUAUCUGGCGCUCAUGCUCGCUCGCUGCGUCGACCAAGAUAAUUUCCGCGACAAUAUGUGGCUGGCGGGCAUUAACCCGGAUGGCAUCAGCGAUAUGCUGGAGGGCAGCCGGCGGCGCCACGCCGACGUCAUGGAGGAUCGAGACUUGCUCCUGAUAUCCGCGAUCGAGCUGGUGGGUUUCCAGUAUCUGGAAGAUACCAUACAGGCGAGGACAUUGCUGUGGCUCAAUGAACUGGCGCUGUCAAGACGGACCGUCUUUGCCUACUUAUGCGGCGCGAUGCCUUCCAUUCUCAAUUAUGUGCUCAUGCACGGGCAGGAUUCUGCGGCUCUGGAGGCGGCGCACACACUUGUGCGAACGCUCACGUCGGAGAGGGAGUAUGCGAACGCUACGGGAUCCAUGGAGUCGCUGGAGGAGGCACUGGACGAGAUGGGCUUCAGCGGCUUGUGGAAAGCCUCAUUCCAGGAUAUGGCAGAAGAGAACAGAGCCUAUUGCUUCGAACUGACGGAGAAGUUGAUCGAGGCAAGUAUCUUGUCCCGCUGUCACGAGGCGGGCACUGUUAGUGGGUAG